UUCUUCUGUUUUCCAAAAAAACCGCAAAAUCCGCCAACUAUAUAAAACUCCUAAAAAAAAAUCUCUUACCUGCAUGUGACACCAUGGCUGCUGUCUCCAAGCUUCAUCUCUCUCCCCAUCCCUUCGAUCUCCUCACCUUCAAAGACCCUCCCAGAUCCGAUCAAAACCCGAAAUUCCGACCUUCUUUUGGCCGGGUUCCAGUGACGUACGAUGGAGUUUCCUUCCUCAGGCAGCUGAACGGCCGUCGGCGGCCAUGUCGAUCUUUCAAAUCCGAAAACGGAGGAGAAUCGACGGAGAAACGGAUCGGAGAGAUGGAGAGGGACGCAACUGCAGGGGACGAUCAAUUGCGGCCGAAGAAGGGAAAGGGAGCUCUCUUCAAGCUGAAGUCGCUCCUCGUUAGGGUUUCGGGCUCGGAACCGGAACUGGCGUCUGGAGGAGAGUAUCGGAACGCAGUGGUGAAAGCAGAAGAGAUUUUCUUUUCGUUUGCUUCUCAUUUUGGAAGAUACCUCCUCACCAUGAUGAGCACUGGAGUAAUACUUGCCACUGGAUUUCAGUUAUCAGGUGGGGACAGUCAAAUGAACACGUUGAUUUGGUAUAGCUGGCUUGGUGGAAUUAUCAUUGGGACAAUGAUAGGAGCAAACAUGGUUUUAGAGGAGCAUAGUAAAGCUGGUCCAAGAAAUGUCGUCAUAACCGGAAGCACAAGGGGAUUGGGCAAAGCUCUUGCUCGGGAAUUUCUUCUUUCUGGGGAUCGUGUAGUUGUUGCUUCCCGCAGCCCCGAGUCAGUUCAUGCAACUGUGGUAGAGCUUGAAGAGAAUCUGAAGGAAGGCAUCCUCAAGGCAGGUAGCACUCCUAGAAAAAAUAUGGCCCAUGCUAAAGUGGUAGGCAUUUCAUGCGAUGUUUGCCAACCUGAUGACGUGAGGAAGUUGGCUGACUUUGCAACUGAUGAACUUGGUUCAAUAGAUAUUUGGAUACUUCUUGACACCCUUGGACAGAUAAAUAAUGCUGGCACAAACAAAGGUUUUAGACCAUUGCUGCAGUUCACAGAUGAAGAGAUCAACCAGAUUGUCUCAACGAAUUUGGUUGGUUCUUUAAUCUGCACACGUGAAGCCAUGCAUGCCAUGAGCUCCCAGGGAAAAGGGGGUCACAUAUUUAACAUGGACGGUGCAGGUUCUGGGGGAUCCAGUACCCCUUUGACAGCUGUCUAUGGUUCAACCAAGUGUGGUCUAAGGCAACUCCAAGCAUCACUUUUGAAGGAGUGCAAGCGAUCCAAGGUUGGAGUACAUACAGCAUCUCCAGGCAUGGUCUUAACCGAUUUGCUUCUAAGCGGUUCAACUCUUAAAAAUAAACAAAUGUUUAACAUAAUCUGCGAGCUUCCAGAAACAGUGGCAAGGACAUUGGUUCCAAGGAUGCGGGUCGUAAAGGGGUCUGGAAAAGCAAUUAAUUACUUAACACCCCCUCGGAUCUUGCUUGCGUUAGUUACUGCAUGGCUUCGCCGAGAACGAUGGUUUGAUGACCAGGGAAGAGCAUUAUACGCAGCAGAGGCAGACCGAAUCCGUAACUGGGCCGAAAGCCGUACUCGGUUCUCUUUCACUGACGCCAUGGAGAUGUACACGGAAGACACAUGGGUCUCCGUCUUCUCACUCUGCGUCGUUUGUGCCUUCAUUAUCCUCUCCAGUUCCACUGGCUCAUUUCCGGGUACCUAAUUUCUCCCAUCUGCUACUCAUUCACCUAUCAACAAAUCACCAGCAAGGCAUCAUACAGUCUGCCUUCAUCAAUGAAUUAAUUCCGACACGAUACAUCAGAGGGCCCACAAAUGAAAGAAAGUACAUCUCAAGGACGCCUGUAAGGUUUUUCAAAGCUGCGUCUCUUAACCUGCUUAUGUAGUUAGUCUCCGGUGGGUUUCUCUGGUUUCUGUUUAUUGAUUGUACGAACUGAGCAUUCUCCAUCGAGAGGAAGCUUAUAACGUGUAAUCACUUUGUAAUUAAAUUCCAUUUUAACUGCUGCCUUUUAUGCAGGCAACAGUGUAUAAUAACUGCCCCAGAGAUAUUCACUGGUGGAAUUUAAGAUCA